AUGCAGUUUUCCAUCUCCCUUUCCCUACCCAGUCGCUGCAUUCUGGAACAAGAGGGAGCCUCAAUGAAACGAAUUCUGGUCUCAGUGGUCAGAAUCCUGAAACCAUGGCUCUGGGCGGGAAGGGGCACGGAGUCCAGCGCUCCCGCGGCACAGAUGCGGAGACUGAGGUCCAGAGCCCGGCGCUCCACCGCCCGCGGAGAAGAAGGGGGAGCGUCCUGGGUGGGCCGCGUGGCGCCGGGGCCGCCUCCUCCCGCCCCCCGCGCGCGUGCCCCCCGCCCUGCCUCGGCCCGCGCCGCGCCGCCUGCUCGGGAGCGAGCCAUGGUGGCGGCACUGGCUGCGGCGUGGCUGCUCCUGGCGGCCGCGGCCUGCGCGCAGCGGGAGCAGGACUUCUACGACUUCAAGGCGGUCAACAUCCGGGGCAAGUUGGUGUCGCUGGAGAAGUACCGCGGCUCGGUGUCCCUGGUGGUGAACGUGGCUAGUGAGUGCGGCUUCACAGACCAGCACUACCGGGCCCUGCAACAGCUCCAGCGGGACCUGGGGCCCCACCACUUCAACGUGCUCGCCUUCCCCUGCAACCAGUUUGGCCAGCAGGAGCCUGACAGCAACAAGGAGAUCGAGAGCUUUGCCCGCCGCACCUACAGUGUCUCUUUCCCCAUGUUUAGCAAGAUCGCAGUCACCGGCACUGGUGCCCACCCUGCCUUCAAGUACCUGACCCAGACUUCUGGGAAGGAGCCCACGUGGAACUUCUGGAAGUACCUAGUGGCCCCAGAUGGAAAGGUGGUAGGGGCUUGGGACCCAACCGUGUCGGUGGAGGAGAUCAGGCCUCAGAUUACAGCGCUUGUGAGGAAGCUCAUCCUGAAGAAGCGAGAAGACUUAUAACCACUCUCCCUCCUCUCCCACUGUCCCUCCCCCCGCCCCCCAACCGUGCACAAGUGACCAAAGCAAACUCAAAUGGUGCUACAAAGGGAGAGACUACUGACUCUCCUUCCUCCACUCCUAUCCCACCUACCCCAUCACUCCUAUUGUGGGGGGGGAAUUCUAGUUUGAUUAUUUGAAUCUUAGAGCAACCUAUAGGAACCCCUGACAAGUGAGAGCUCUUGACCAAUGACUCAUCAGCCAAUAAGAACCUCUAGCCCAUGAAAACGUGGGAAAUAGAAGUAUGUCGAGCAAUAAUCUCUUACCUGUUGUGAACUCUUUAAAAUGGGGCCAAUUCCUACCUCACAGGGCUGUUGUGAGGAUGAGGAUGAAAGGCCUAUGAAAGUGCCUAGGGCAGUGCCAGCUAACUAGGAGGCAUUCAAUAAACGUUUCUUGCAUAUGAGCCAAAAAAUAAGUUGUGAUCAGUAAAAACUUGAACCCAACAUGAAUUUCCAGCCAUGAGAAUCCAGGCCAAACGUUUGUUGUUGUUGUUAUUGUUUUCCUAUGUAUUUUUUUCAAUUACAAAAGUAAUACAGAUUUCAUUGUGAAAUAAUACAGAUGAUACAAAAUAAAA